UCUGUAAACAAGCAGAGGACGGCGGGGCAGGUAGGGGGUCCAGACUGUGUUCUGCAGUCGUUUCAGCGUUUUGUCUGGGUGGAUUCUGGUUCUUCCACCGGGUUUGUUGGUUCUGGUUCAGAACAGCUUUAGAACUCAGAGGUUUCUCAUCAGUUCUGCUUCAGCUCAUUUAUCCUUCAGGAGGUCUGAGGUUCUUACUUCAUAGAAGAACCGAUUCUUCUGGGUCCAAACUGUCCACCUCUGACGUGGUUCUGUGUGUGAGAGGGGGUCUGUUCAGGUAAGCUCACCUGGUUCCCCCUCACCCCCCAGUGAAGAUGGCUCCAGCGAAGAGGCUGGACGUCCCGGUUCAGGAUCUGUCCCUGAUCAGAGGAAUCUGGGAGGUCCGGGUCAAGAGGCACCGACAGAAACAAAAGAAGGAGCAGGAGAGGAUGGAGAACAGCGCCCUCACCAGGAUCGACCAGCAGUGGCAGUACCGCAUCUACUGCAAGAGCCUGAAGACCAAAGACCUGCAGCGUCACCUGGGCCCGCCCACACCGUGCACAGGACCCCCGCAGGAGGAUCUGACCGUCCAGACGGACUCUGACAGGCUGAUCUUCAGGUUGGAGGGAGACCGCUGGAUGGACUUUCCCAGGGAGCUGCAGUGGAUGACGUACCUGCAGGAGUGGUGCGUUCGAGGAACCAGGAUCCAGCAGCUGCCGGACUUCCUGCCCCUCUUCACCCAGCUCACCGUGCUGGAUAUCCCCAAAAACGCCAUCAGGGAGCUGCCACCAGACGUCGGCCGACUGGGCGAGCUCCGCCGGCUGAACGCCAGCUACAACCAUCUGCGCAGCGUUCCUCCGGAGCUGGGGAGCUGCGAGAAGCUGCAGAAACUGGAACUGGCGGGAAACCGCAGCCUGUCUGAGCUGCCCUUCGAGCUCAGCAGCCUAAAGCAGCUGCUUCACCUGGAUCUUGCAGAGAACAGCUUUGUCUCCAUCCCCGUCUGCGCUCUGAGGAUGACCAACCUGCAGCUGCUGGACCUGAGCGCAAACGGCCUGACCGACCUCCCGCAGGACAUGGACAGACUGGAGAACCUCAACACCCUCUUCAUCCACCGGAACAAUCUGUCCUACCUGCCCAUGUGUUUGCCCCACAUCCCCUCCCUGAAGAUGGUCGUCGUCAGCGGCGACUUGCUGACCUCCAUCCCUACUAAACUCUGCAGCAACCCAGACAUCAAUGAAGACCGGAGGAGAAGGAGGGAGGAGGGAAGGAGGUGGAGGGAGCAGAGGGAGGAGGUGCAGGACAGCAGUGACAAAGAGUUUAUGGAGGCGUACCUGAGCUCGCUGCAGGACCGAGACACCAUCCCCUGCUCCACCACCAAGGUCUCCUUCUCCUGUCGGCUGUGAGGAGGAUGAAGAUGAAGGCUGAACAACACGGCAUCAGAAUGUUUGACGUCUUCUGCUGUGACAAACCUGCUUACAACGACGACCCGUGUUCUAGAGCAUUCUAGAUCUGGCAACUUGACGUUCUCACACCAGAUUGGGACGUCGUACUUCACUAGAACCUCCAGGCUUGUGUUGGGGAUCCAACAAGCCUUUGCCAAAGACACAAAGAAUCCGGUUUCAGAUGCAGACGGCGCCACCUUCAGUCAGUGAGGCAUUAUCACGCUCUGAUCUCUGACAUCCCACUGGAUCUCCACCUGCUGAUAAAAGCGACCACCCGUGUAAAACCGCUGAUAACACGCAUCUGAUUUGACCAGAACUCACCGCAGUCAUCACGAUGAAGAAAAACAGCAGCAACACCAAUCCGUCGGAACCAGACGUCAUUUUCAGGGUUAAUAUGAGGUAAAAAGCUCCUGUACUGCAACCAGCCUCUGGUGGUGGAUGGAGGAACUGCAACGUCUGGUUCUUUCUGGUUAGGGUUAAACAGAAGGGGGCGGGGCUACAGCUUCAAUUUAGAGUUCUUUAAUCUGAAACAUGAUGGUUUGAACAUUAAAAGCACCUUUGAAACCAUAAAAACCCACUUUCUUUACUGAACUCAUCUUUAUCUCUCUGCGUGUUCAACUAAACAGUAGGGCACAUUCAGAAAACAUUAUUUUAAAAACAGUUUUCCCCCUCGAGGCAACAAGCAGCAGAAAAAAACAUUUUCAUAUGGUCUGUCUUGUUUGGGUGGUUAAUGGGUUCAAUGUUGCAUAAAUGCGGUUUGAACUGACCUCUAUGGUGAAGUCAAUGAUGAGCCUCGGCUUCAUGAAAAUAUUCAUCACAUCCAGAUGUGAAUAAAACCUGCUGUUGCCAUGGAAACAUACCCAAGUAUAGCAUGUGACCAAACCUAAAAAAGGUUAAAAAGUGGUUCGUCUCUGCAGAGGCUUCAUGCAGCACUAAAUGUUUGUUUAAACUUUGUGUUCCUGUAAUAAACGUCAUAUU